AUGCUGGCAGGUUUCUUCUUUCUGCUCCUCGUCACAGAUAGGAACUCCAACAAUGGGAACUGCUCCCAUCGGCAUGUUUAUAAGCACUUGGAACUAAAGGAAGGCGAUGAGAAGUCCAUGAUCCGGCCUGGUGAUGAUUCAACGCCCACAGAGGUGUUCCUCGAUGUUCUGCUCUUCUCCAUUCUAGAUGUGAACGAGAAGAAACAGAUAUUUAUUUCUUACCUUUGGGUUGAUAUGUGGUGGUAUGAUGGGGACCUGUCUUGGGAUUAUGAGGAUUUCUGUGACAUUAGUACGAUUUAUCCUCCUACGGCUGCAUUGUGGAAGCCAGAUUUAUCUAUUGAAGAGAUGACACGGAAGAAUCAGGCUCUUUCCAGUCCUUAUCUCAAUCUUAACUCAGGCGGAUCCGUCUUCUUUAGGACCUACAUGGUGGUGAUCAGCAACUGCCCGAUGGAAGUCUACAUGUUUCCCUUCGACAUUCAGCAAUGCAACCUGACUUUCAAGUCCACCAUACACUCCUCUGACCAUAUGAAGCUUACGGUGUAUGGUGACUCCUCGUGGAACACAGAGCUGUCUCUGGAGAAUAUGGCCCAGUCCGAGUGGCUGUUCAUCAACAUGGUCAACAGCCAAAAAAUUGUCGACAAUUUUUCCAUCAAACAAAGCGUGGUGGUUUACACUAUCACCAUGAAGAGGCGGUCUGCCCUCUACAUCGCUAACUUCUUGCUACCGAUCCUGUUCUUCUUGUUUCUGGACUUGGCCUCCUUCCUCAUCUCAGUCAACGGGGGGGAGAAGCUCAGCUUCAAGGUCACGGUGCUGCUCGCCGUCACUGUGAUGCAGCUUAUUCUCAACGACAUUCUGCCUUCCUCUUCGGACAGGAUUCCUCUCAUAGCCAUCUACUGCAUUGGGAUUUUUGGUUUGAUGAUGUUGAGCCUCCUGGAGACGAUUUUGUUGAUGUAUCUGUUGGAGAAAGACUCGGCAGCCCAAGAUAAAGAAGACCAAAGUCUGAGCGAGAAAGUUGGCAAAGCUAACUGCUGUACAAAGUUGAAGAAAUGGACUCUCUGCGCUGGUGUCUGCAAUGUGUCUGUUGAUGAAACUCCGCCUGAACAACUGUCGGUGACCACAGAGGCCAACAGCAGCCAACCGACGGAGGAGUCCAUUGCUUUGGAAAAGGUCUCAGAUGAGCUGAAGGAGGUGGAGAAAACCCUGACUCAGGUCUUAAACAGCAGGGAGAAAGAAAGGAAGCCUGGCUACUGGACCAGAGUGGCUGAAAUAAUUAACAGAGUUUUCAUCAUUUUCUAUGUCAUAGCUGCCAUUACGUUGUUAUCUGGUCUCUUCUUGCUUUGGAACAUAUCAGAUAGCAAGUAG